AUAUAUGUGAGAACGUAUACUAGAUUGUUAAUGUGUGCGUAUACAUACAUGCAUCACUAUCGUUUCUUUCAUCAUUUUAUCAAGCGUUCUCAGUUGUUUGUAGUAUCCUUCACGAAGUCAUUACGUAAACGAGAGUUGACUCAUGCGAUUAUAAAUCAGAUUAUCAAAUAUGGCAGCACCGACAUUAACAUUGAACAAUGGUAACAAAAUUCCUGUAUUAGGUCUUGGUACUUGGCAAGGUGGUGAUGAUCCAUCGAUAGUUGCACAAGCUAUUAAAGAUGCAGUCGAUGCUGGAUAUAGACAUUUUGAUUGUGCCUAUAUAUAUGGAAAUGAACAUGAGAUAGGCAAUGCUUUAAAAGAAAAAAUUGCAGAAGGUGUUGUAAAAAGAGAAGAUCUUUAUAUUACCACAAAGCUAUGGAACACGGCGCAUAAGAAAGAAAAAGUAAUACCUAUGUGUAAAGAAUCAUUGAAAAAUUUUGGUUUCGAUUAUAUAGAUUUAUAUCUUAUACAUUGGCCAGUAGCUUAUACAGAUGAUGCAAAAGGACUUUGGCCAGUCGAUGAAAAGGGAAAUCCUUUGUAUGGACAUGAAGAUUAUAUUGAUACUUGGAAAGGCAUGGAGGAAUGUGUAAAAUUGGGAUUAACAAAAAGCAUUGGUCUUAGUAAUUUCAAUUCUGUACAAAUUGAUCGUAUAUUAUCCAUUGCAACUAUAAAACCAGUAAUAAAUCAAGUCGAAUGUCAUAUCAAUUUGAAUCAAAAAAAGUUAAGAAAAUUUUGUGCUAAACGUAAUAUAGCUAUUACAGCUUAUAGUCCUUUAGGUUCUCCAUUACGUCCUUGGGCAAAAUCUGAUGAUCCACAAGUUAGCAUUGAUCAAACCAAAGAGAUUGCAAAAAAAUAUAAAAAGUCACCAGCGCAAGUUAUACUUAGAUACUUGGUUGAUAUUGGUACCAUACCAAUACCUAAAUCAGCAUCCAAGGCACGCAUCAAAGAGAAUAUAAACAUUUUUGAUUUUAAACUUACACCCGAGGAAAUAGCAAUUAUAGAUACGUUUGAUUGCGGUAUAAGAGUUUGUCCAGCUAAAGAAUUCAAAGGGCACAAGGAUUAUCCAUUUAAUAUAGAAUUUUAAAUAUGAUUAUACGACUUAUAUAGUUAUAAUCAAUACAUGAUAUUAUUAUUAUUAUUAUUGUUAUUGUUAUCUAUUAAAGGUAUAUCAAUAUAUUAUUAUCAAUUUUAA